UUGGGUAAUCGUUCUUAAAGUUUGUUUUAAAAGUAAAAUAUUCGUUCGUGACUGUGUUAUCUCUACCAAAAUGCGCUCAAUCUUAACUCCUCGUUGUCUUAUUGGGACGCGCGCUUGCUUCAGUUCCAAGUCGAUAUUCGUUCCUGCACACGAGCCUGCCUUGGAAAGUGAUCUGUAUCGAUUGGAGAAAUUUCUUGAUGAUAAGCCACACAUUCUUGUGCUAACGGGCGCCGGUAUCUCCACUGAGUCAGGAAUACCAGAUUAUCGGUCCGAAGGUGUUGGACUCUAUGCCCGGUCCAACCACAAACCAAUUCAGCACGGAGAUUUUGUUAAAUCAGAAUCUGUGCGCAAAAGAUAUUGGGCACGAAACUAUGUAGGCUGGUCACGGUUUUCGGCCAUCGCUCCGAACGUUACCCACUACACCCUAGCCCGUUUGGAGCGGGAACAGCGGAUAUCGGGCAUUGUGACACAGAACGUUGACAAGCUGCACACCAAGGCAGGAUCGAAGAGCGUAGUUGAGCUUCAUGGCAGCGGAUAUAACGUUAUCUGUAUCGGUCGGUCAGGUAAAGGUUGUGAUUACCAUAUUCCUAGACACGAAUUUCAGUCCAUACUGGAUCAACUGAACCCCCGUAUGGAAGAUGGAUCAACUAUGAUGCGGCCAGAUGGAGACGUAGAACUGCCUCAGGAAUACGUGGAGAACUUCAAAAUUCCACCUUGUCCACAUUGCGAUGGAUCCUUGAAGCCGGAGAUUGUGUUCUUCGGUGAUAACGUCCCGAUACCACGCAUUGAGCGAGUGGUGCGAAUGAUCAUCGAGUCGGAUGGUGUUUUGGUGCUCGGUUCCAGUCUCACCGUCUUUUCCGGCUACAGAAUUGUACUUCAGGCAAAGGAAUUAGGACUACCGGUAGCAAUAGUCAACAUUGGUCAGACACGUGGCGACCCGAAAGCGGAUUUGAAGAUUUCAGCCAGAUGUGGCGAAUUGAUGCAAAAUUUAUUCAAACAUUGAAACAGUCUCUUGAAUAGAAUCAUUGAUGAGCUCUUUUGAACAACCUUUUCAAUGAUGAGUCACACUUUUAAACAAACUCUGGAAUCUUUAAGAUUUAGUAAAGGGACAAGUUGUGCUGAAUAAUCGUAUCUCAAGAAAAAAUAAACUUAAAAAAAAAAUUGGUACAUGCAGCCAAGUUGUCCUGCUCUUACUUAGUAUUUUACAGAACUUUACUCACGUUUGUA